GAUUUGGGCGGCUUACCUGUAACUGAUCACAACUUGAUUUCUCUCCGGGGUCUGACAAAGCUAGAGUACCUUGACAUCUGGGGAAGCAACGUAACCAACCUAGGAGUUGUGAGUAUACUUAAGUUUUCAAACUUGAGCUUCCUCAAUCUCUCGUGGACCAGCGUCACACAGACUCCGAAUAUACCGCACCUUGAAUGCUUACACAUGAACAAGUGCGACAUUGUCUCCAUAUCAAAAAUGCAUAACUCCGCACUAGCUUCCUUGAAAAAGUUAGUUUUGUCCGGAGCUACUUUCAGUGCUGAAACCGAAUCCUUUUCCUUCACCAACCAAAGCUCGAUAGCCUACUUAGACGUUUCCAACACUCCCCUCCAAAACUUCAGCUUCUUAGCAACUAUGAUUAACCUGGAACAUCUUGAUCUGAGCUCCACAGCUUUCGGGGAUGAUUCUGUUGACUUUGUAGCAUGUGUUGGCGAGAGUCUGAGGAAUCUAAAUGUCUCAUAUACAAGAAUCACUUCUGAUGGGGUCGGGAAUCUUGCGGGACAUGUGCCGCAACUCAACACAUUAUCUCUGUCCCAGACAUCUGUCGACGAUCUUUCCAUCUUACUUAUCAGCACCAUGAUGCCUUGUAUUAAAGUCCUCGACUUGAGCAUGACCAGGAUCCAAGGAUUCAUCCAGCAACAUACUCAACAAGCAGAGCCGUCGUUUGCAGCACUACAGUCUCUAACUUCCCUUGAAAUCCUGAGUCUAGAACAUGCAUAUUUGAGCGAUACUGCUCUCUCUCCUUUAAGUGGUCUUACCGGAUUAACACAUUGGUCCCUAAAAAGCAGUUCCCUCACAGAUUCCACUCUCCACCAUCUCUCCUCUCUCCCAAACCUAGUCAGUCUCGGGGUCCAAGAUGCAGUUUUGACCGACAAUGGUCUCGAGAAGUUCAACCCACCUUUAAGGCUGAGAAUACUUGACCUCAAAGGUUGUUGGCUUUUAACCGAAGAAGCUAUCGCUGGUCUUUGCAGAAGGUACCCUCACAUUAAAGUGAGGCAUGAAUUCGCGCAUGACUCUUCUUCUCUCGACCAAAAUCAACCUCUUCCUCGUUCAUCGCCUCACCAGAAUUUUGAAACGGUAGCGUGGAGAAGGAACAACCAAAGGCCAGAGAGUUCUGUUGCUGUUCGCAGGGGUUUCUUAGACCAGAGGGUGAAGUACAGAAGGGAAGUGUUGGUUGCUCUACAGAAUUCGCCUUUGUCACAAUUGCUUCCACGGGAAGAACUUGUCAGUAGUGCACCGGAUAUUUUUAGCUGAUUUCGUUACAAGAACGGUGAUUCAAUGAUUUGCAAAAGAGUUGAAACUUCGGGAGAUCUUAGCAUCUGUCUUGUCAGUUUUGGCCUCGAUUUCCCUUCCUCGAGUUUGUUAAGACAUUUAAGACAUACAGUAGUAGUACAUGUAUCGUGUACUAAAUUGUACUAGUACUACAUUUUGGAUAUUAGUUGAAAAUUAUGUACUCUUUUCUGUUU